AUGAAAACCAUAACAAUAUCACUGGAGGAACCGUUGACGCAGACCUACAUGGUGCACGCUGCUUUACUGGCAGUUAAACUGCUAGCCUUAAGCCCAUUAGCUGCAUUGACGUGGGUUAAUAAAGGCAUAUUUUUAAACGCAGACAUCGUAAGACGGGCAUAUCUCACAGAGCUGAAGAAUUUAGCACCAUUUUGGACAGUAGGAGCGUUGUACCUCACAACAUCACCACCCUUAAAUUUAGGUGUGAGUUUGUUUCGGAUAUACACUAUUUCGAGAACGGUUGUUAUAUUCGGUUACGCCACUAAGCCCAUUCCUGCCGCAAUAUCCGAUUUUGCCCUUGUCACAUCCUAUUUAAUAACUUUCUAUAUGGCUGUUUGCGUUAUUUAUUAUUACAGGAAAGCUAUAUGA